GAUGAAGAGGGGAUCUUUCGCAUAGCUCCUAUAAAUAGGCCAAGUCAUUCCGACAAGCAAACCAAAACUACCUACAAGCACCUCAACCCUGCUAAUUUACACACUCAGCUUGCAGUUGCAUGCAACCAAACAAAGUGUUGGUGCAAGUAGCAGCUCAAUCAUUCUAGGGAUUGCUUGUUUCCACACCUCCUCACAACUUGAGCUGAAAUAAUCCGCAUCCGCCCAAUGCGAGGCCGACAAGUGUCGUGAUCUAGCCAUCCCUAGCUAUUUUGGCUUGGCUCUGCUGGAUCAUCGGCAUCCAAAAUUCUGUAGCACGUUGGCACGUCCGUACGAGGAGGCGGAGCAUGGAGCAGGAGCUGAGGCGCGGCGGCGGCCUUAGGGAGCACAGCUCCGUCUGCUUCUCCGGCGCGCUCAUCGACGGCCCGCGCAUCCAGCAGCUGCUCCUCCACUGCGCCGCCGCGCUCGAGUCCAACGACGUGACGCUGGCGCAGCAGGCCAUGUGGGUGCUCAACAACAUCGCCUCCUCGCAGGGGGACCCCAACCAGCGGCUCACGUCGUGGCUGCUCCGCGCGCUGGUCGCGCGCGCGCGCCGGCUGUGCGGCCCCGCCGGCACCCAGGUGGCCGCCGUGAGGCUGCCCUCGAGCGGGGCGCCGCGGGAGCGGGCCAUGUCGGUCACAGAGCUCGCCGAGUACGUCGACCUCACGCCGUGGCAUCGGUUCGGCUUCACGGCCUCCAACAGCGCCAUCCUCCGGGCGGUGGCGGGCAGGGACGCCGUGCACGUCGUCGAUCUCAGCGUCACGCACUGCAUGCAGUGGCCGACGCUUAUCGACAUGCUGUCCAAGCGUCCCGGGGGGCCGCCGGCGCUCCGCAUCACCGUGCCAUCCGCCCGCCCCUCCAUGUCCCCCCUGCUCGGCGUGUCGGACGAGGAGCUCGGCCUCCGGCUGGGCAACUUCGCGAAGUCGAAAGGCGUGCAGCUAGAGUUCAACGUCGUCAAGGGCACGACUCCAAAGAAGCAAACACUGUGUCAAGACCCGGCGUCCGUCCUGUCCGACCCGCCAUCGCUGGGGCUACGGGACGGCGAGGCGCUCGUCGUCAACUGCCAGAGCUGGCUACGUCACGUGGCCCCGGGCUCGAGGGAUGCCUUUCUCAGCACCGUCCGGGCGCUGAAUCCGUGCCUGGUCACCGUGACCGACGAGGACGCCGACCUGGACUCGCCGAGCCUCGCGUCCCGCAUCGCCGGCUGCUUUAACUUCCACUGGAUCCUGUUCGACGCGCUGGACACGUCCGCGCCCAGGGACAGCCCGCGGCGGCUGGAGCACGAGGCGGCCGUGGGCCGGAAGAUCGAGGGCGUCGUCGGGGCCGACGCCGACGCCGACGGCGCGGAGCUGUCCGAGUCCGGCGCGAGGCUCGCCGAGAGGAUGCGUAGGAACGGGUUCUCCGGCGUCGGGUUCGACGAGGAGGAGGCGGCCGAGGUGAGGCGCCUGCUGAGCGAGCACGCGACCGGGUGGGGCGUGAAGCUGGAGGAGGACAUGCUGGUGCUCACCUGGAAGGGGCAUGGCGCCGUGUAUACGAGCGCCUGGGCGCCCACCUAAGUUUAGUCACCUCCAUUAGCGAUCAAAACUACAGCAAGGAUGCACGACGCCAUGGCAAGGAAGUAGGUUAGAAUGCUGAUUAUCUCAAGAAGGAUCAAAUUAAAGUAAACGGAUGUAACAUAGAAACAGUCUUCAGAAGUUUAGCCAUUUUCGUUCGUCCAUGAUCAUGGUGAAAGAACCGACCAGCACUCGGGAGAAAUGAAGAUCUCAUGUAGCACGUACUACGGACUUUUGAAUAAGCAUCUCGUUUCACAAAAGAGUAAUCCUUUGCGUGUCAUCUACCGUGAAAAAGUUUGGAACUUGGCUUCGUGCUAUUAUUAAACAACAGAAAGCCCAAAUAUUGGUUGCGGCGGCAGCGUUUUGUUA